GUGGGCCUUUGUUAGGUCAGGUCGGGACGGACGAUUACUACCUUCCUCUCUGUCAAUUUCAGGAAAAUGAAGAAACCCAUUAGCUCAAUUGCAACUUCAAGCAAAACCCACUUCGAGGAAAGUGAAGAAGAAGAAGGAGAGGGAGGAGAGAUCGAAUCUUCAUCCGAAGAAGAGAAAUCUGAUGAUACCAUUGAUUCUGAUGAAGAGGAAGAGAUAGAGCGUGAGUUAGCUGAAGUUACAUUUGAAGAGCUACAAAAAGCACGCGCCGAUGGUACUGAUUCAGUUUCUCGCAAACCCCAUUCAGAGAACAAGCAUCGCCGUGCUAACAAGAAUAGGCCAAUGGAGCUUAGUAGCAAGAAACCAGUGAGGUCAUUUAGACAGGUUAUUCAAGCUCCUAAAAAGGUGGCACGAGACCCUCGUUUUGAAUCUUUAUGUGGCACACUUGACGUCGAGGGGUUUAGAAAAAGAUAUAAUUUUCUAUUUGAGAAGAACCUACCAACCGAAAGAGAGGAGCUGCAGAAACAACUUAAAAAAGCCAAAGACCCAAAAGUCAUUAGUGAACUGAGGAACCAUAUUUCUUGGAUUGACAAGCAACUAAAGUUUGAGUCAGCAAAGAAUACCGAUGCAGAGAUUCUGGCUGAGCACAAGAAGAAAGAAAGAGAAGCGGCAAAGCAGGGGAAACGCCCUUUCUAUCUUAAGAAAUCUGAAAUUCGGAAACAGAGGCUUAUUGAGAAGUAUAAAAAGCUCAAGUCAUCUGGCAAACUUGAAUCCUUCAUUGAGAAAAGGAGAAGGAAGAACGCUGCCAAGGAUCACAGAUUCAUGCCCUAUCGCCGGCCCAACAACAGCGAGCCACAAAGUUAAUGAUUCCACAAGUUUUCGGUGGCUUGAGAUAUAUAUGGUCCUCCAUUAUGGAUGGUUAAGACAUGCCUCCCUCUAUUGGUGUUGGUUGAGAUGAGAUUGGGGCUUUGAGUGGUAUGCUCCUUUUGGGCAUUGUGCUACCAUCUUUUGGUUUAACUUGUCAUUUCACUGAGUUAAAAUAAGCUAUAUUUUUUGUCCUCACUAUUUGAGAUUUUGUUGUAAGCUGUGGAUAUGAUUGAUUUAUUAUCUAAUUGGUAUCUCGUCAUCUAUUUUC